GAGGUGCCUUUUGACCCCGUGAAGUUCGCUGCCCCAAGUAAAGAUGGCUGCGUCGGUGGGCGCUGCUGCCGGGCGACUGCGGCGGGUCAUCUGCAGGAUGCCCCCGGGGCGAGAUCCCAGCCGUAGACCGCUCUCAUCCGAGCCCCGUCCAGCCCGGGCCACGGCCGUGCGGCAGGCCUUCUUGAGCUUUUUUCGGGAUCGCCAUGGCCACCGACUAGUGCCGUCCGCUUCCGUGCGGCCCCGCGGCGACCCCAGUUUGCUUUUCGUCAACGCGGGGAUGAACCAGUUCAAACCAAUCUUCUUGGGUACUGUGGAUCCAAGAAGCGAGAUGGCAGGCUUCCGACGUGUGGCCAACAGCCAGAAGUGUGUGAGGGCUGGAGGACGCCACAGUGACCUAGAGGAUGUGGGCCAAGACCUUUCCCAUCAUACCUUCUUUGAGAUGCUUGGCAAUUGGGCUUUUGGAGGUGAAUACUUUAAGGAGGAAGCUUGCAGCAUGGCCUGGGAACUGCUGACUCAGGUCUACGGGGUCCCUGAGGACAGGCUCUGGGUCUCCUACUUUGGUGGUGACCCCAAAGCAGGACUGGGUCCAGACCUAGAGAGUAGGGACAUCUGGCUGAGCUUAGGGGUGCCUGCCAGCCGUGUGCUUUCCUUUGGACCACAAGAGAACUUUUGGGAGAUGGGGGAUACUGGCCCUUGUGGACCCUGUACCGAGAUCCACUAUGACCUGGCUGGUGGUGUGGGAGCCCCCCAGCUGGUGGAGCUUUGGAAUCUGGUCUUCAUGCAGUACAACAGAGAAGCAGAUAGAAGCCUGCAGCCCCUGCCCCGGAAGCAUGUGGACACAGGAAUGGGCCUGGAAAGGCUGGUGGCUGUGCUACAAGGCAGAUGCUCCACCUACGACACUGACCUCUUCUCCCCACUGCUCAGUGCCAUACACCAGGGUUGCGGGGCACCCCCUUACUUGGGCCGGGUGGGGGCAGCUGAUGAGGGGCGCACAGACACAGCGUAUCGCGUGGUGGCCGAUCACAUCCGUACACUCAGUGUCUGCAUUGCCGAUGGUGUCUGCCCUGGAAUGUCAGGAGCCCCGCUGGUUCUUCGUCAGAUUCUCCGCCGAGCUGUACGGUUCUCUGCAGAGGUGUUGCGGGCACCCCCUGGCUUCCUAGGCAGCCUGGUGCCUGUAGUGGUGGAGACACUGGGGGACACUUACCCAGAACUACAGAAGAACUCUGCCCAGAUAGCCAACCUGGUGUCAGAGGAUGAGGCAGCCUUCCUGGCCUGCCUGCAGCGGGGUCGGCGGGUCAUCGAUCGGACUUUGAGGCGCCUGGGGCCUUCGGACAUGUUCCCUGCCGACGUGGCCUGGUCCCUGUCACUGUCGGGGAAUGUGGGGCUCCCCCUGGACCUGUUGGAGCUGAUGCUGGAAGAGAAAGGGGUGCAGCUGGACUCUGCUGGGCUGGCACGGCUGGCCCAGGAGGAGGCCCAGCAUCAGGCACGGCAGGCUGAGCCAGUGCAGGAACAAGGACUGCGGCUUGACAUCCAUGCGCUGGGGGAGCUGCAACGCCGAGGGGUGCCCCCAACCGAUGACAGCCCUAAGUACAACUACUCCCUGCAACCCAGUGGGGGUUAUGAGUUCCACACCUGUGAGGCCCAGGUGCUCCAGUUGUAUACAGAAGAUGGAUCAGCCGUGGCCUCUGUGGGAGAAGGCCGGCACUGUGGCCUCCUCUUAGACAAAACCAACUUCUACGCUGAACAGGGGGGUCAGGCUUCAGACCGAGGCUACCUGGUACGGGUGGGACAGCAGGUAAGCACCCCCGCCACACGCACACAGAGGCUGACUUCUGCAGCAGGCAGAUCUAAGCUGGGAAGGGACCCAAGGGGAAGGAAGGACUUCAAGCAGGCCUUCCAGUCCGUGGCCCCUGCCCUUCCCCAGGACGUGCUAUUCCCAGUGGUCCAGGCCCAGGUCUGUGGAGGCUUCAUUCUGCAUGAGGCAGUGGCCCCUGAGUGCCUGAAGGUGGGGGAGCAGGUACAGCUGCAUGUGGAUAAGGCCUGGCGUCUGGGCUGCAUGGAGAAGCACACAGCCACCCACCUACUAAACUGGGCUCUGCGGCAGGCCCUGGGCCCUGGCACUGAGCAGCGAGGUUCCCAUCUCAAUCCUGAGCGGCUGCGCCUCGAUGUGGCCACCAAGGCUCCAAUGACCCCAGAGCAGCUCCGGGCUGUGGAGGGCACUGUGCAGGAGGCCGUGGGGCAGGAUAAGGCCGUGUACAUGGAGGAGGUGGCCCUGGCACGUACCGCCCAUGUCCCGGGGCUGCGCUUUCUGGAUGAAGUAUACCCAGACCCUGUGCGGGUGGUGUCAGUGGGGGUGCCUGUAGCCCAGGCACUGGGCCCAGGCUCCCAAGCUGCGCUGCAGACCUCUGUGGAGCUGUGCUGUGGGACGCACCUGCUACGCACAGGGACAAUAGGGGAUAUGGUCAUCAUCGGGGAGCGCCUGCUCACCAAGGGCAUCACUCGCCUGCUGGCCAUCACUGGGGAGCAGGCCCAGCAGGCCCGAGAGCUAGGCCAGAGCCUGGCCCAGGAGGUAGAAGCAGCUGCAGAGCGGCUGAGUCAGGGCAGCCGGGAGCUGGUGGAGGCGCAGCGACUGUCCAAGGACAUUGGGCGACUCACUGAUGUCUUGGAUAACGCCAUGAUGCCCCAAUGGCAGCGGCGAGAGCUUCAGGCCACACUGAAGACAAUGCAGCGGCGUGCCAACACUGCCAUCCGGAAGCUGGAGAUGGGACAGGCUGCACAGAAAACCCAGGAGCUGCUACGGCAGCACUCAGGGGCGCCUCUGAUUGUGGACACAGUGUCCACUGAGUCCCUCUCAGUGCUGGUGAAGGUGGUGCGGCAGCUGUGUAAGCAGGCACCCCACACAUCCGUGCUCCUCCUCAGCCCCCAGCCCCUGGGGCAUGUGUUGUGUGCCUGUCAGGUGGCCCAGAGUGCUACAGCAGCCUUCACAGCAGAGGCCUGGGCGCUGGCUGUAUGCAGCCACAUGGGGGGCAAGGCCUGGGGCUCUCAGGUCGUGGCCCAGGGCACCGGAAAUGCUGCUGACCUGGAAGCUGCCCUCAGUACAGCCCGAGCCUAUGCCCUCAACCAGCUCUGACCCAGGCCUGCCCAGGGAAUGCUGUGGACUAAAGAGACAGGCCAGUGCCAGGAACCCUGAGGAGCCCGCAGAACCUCCCCUGAGGUGGGAACAGAGGACUAGAGUCUGCAGGCCAAGCAACUGAGCCAAAGAGGACUGCCUUGGCCUGGGCCCUGUGUGGACACAAGAUUUGGGCUGCAGAAGGCAGAAGGGGACCCAGAGACACAACCCUACUAGGGGGAUGUGAAGACAUGGGCUCUUCUGGCCGUGACUGCUCAUUAAAAAGUAUUUCACAGAGGACAGGAAGCUCCAGAAGGCCUUUUAAAAAGAGCAGCCUUUCCCCAUCUUGGCAACCUGGCAUGGGUGCCCCAUCACCCGUCUGACCCCUCACACUGGGCUGAAUCCCACCCAGCAGCCACUUCAGAACUGUCUCAUCGCCACAAGUGCUCAGACAGGCUGGCUGUACCAGCCUGUUUUGGGCGCCUGCAAAGGCCUCCCUGGCCACCAAGAUCCAGAACUGUCAUGUGAAAGUCAUGACAGCUGGGCAGAUCCUCUCUGGUGUCACUUCGUUAACAAUGACCUCGUUUUAACGAAGGC